GAUGCCAGACAGCUCCCAGACGUAGCCCUGACAGGGAAGUGCACGAGGGAGUGUGAUGAGUUUGGACACUCCGACACUUGUUGGAUGCCCGCCGCUGUCCGCCCGUCGCCUCGGCAACACCAGCGCCAGCGCCACGUCAGCGAGCCGCCCCGCCUGUCCACCUUCGCCUCCCCUGGCAACGACAACAACAAUAACCAUGAUGACGAUGAUGAGGAAGAUAGUGACAGCGAGAGCGCCGGCAGCGCCGGGAGUUCCGAACCGGGCGUAGUCAGCGUGGGAGUCGGCGGAGGAGGUCAGAGGUUACCGUUAGCCAAUGGGGAUCCUCUCGGCAGCCUGGUGGGCAGAGACAGGAUGAACCGGAACGACCACAACCGGAACCUACUCAACCGGAAGAUGACGUCAGCGUCGUACGACACGUUCAGCUCCGCCGGGUUCGGGAGACGCCAUCUCGAGGAGGAUAGGGGGGGUCAGGGCAGGGUCAACCCUCCGGAGGUUAUACCAUUAACGAGGACCGGGGACUACAAGACCACGUCGUGCCUCACGCUCUCCCGUAGAGAGGUCUACCUGUAAGAGCAGGACGGAUGGAUCAGUCCACUGCUGCUGCACCCCUUUGCUGAUGGAAUGGAACAUUCCAUCCCUGUUUGUUCUGGUGAAAUGGAACAGUCCACUUCUAGACAUUGGAAUGAAAUGGUCCAUUUCUGUUGUAGUUCUUUUGUUGAGAACUUUGACCAGCUGUGAAUAAUAACAAUAAUAUCAAUAAUAACAACACCUUAAGAAGAGAGGACCGCUCAGUGGGUUUGGGUUUGUUUUGGAGACAAGACACCACACAACUACAAAACCACCAAAAAGGACACUGGGACCUUAAACUCCAAGAUUAAAUGACUAUAAGGUGUAAAUAAAAAAGAUGAAUGGUGUGAAUUAACUGAACCCCCCCCCCCCCCAACCCACCCCCCAAAGAAAACUACGAUUUAAUCGAAUCUGAACUUUUGGAUGCUAAAAACAUCAUAUUUAUGUGGAUGGUGAGGAGGGAGAUGGAUCCAUGGAUCUCCUUUGGGAGAGAGAGCAGUUCUGCUCUACUGACUGACUUCAUCUAAUCUGGGUAGAAGUUUCUCUCAAUAAACAGAUCUAGGAUCAGUUUACUCUUCCCUGAAUCCUAACCUGAAGUAUUACAGGAAGCAACACAAUACUGAACUGAGAUCAGUGUCAAGUGUUAACUUCUUUCUUCUCUCUUUUUUUAAAUACUCUUUAAAGUUAAUCAGAUGCAUGUCUAACCUCCCACCAACAGGGGAGCUGUGGGGAGAUGGGAGAGAGAUGGAGGAACUGGGCCUGACGCCGUACACGCCUCAGGACCAAUGGGAACACUCGCUGAGGUGUAUGUGACCAAUACAAUUUGAUUUGAAGACUUAUGAUCGGACAGAUCUGAUUCUGACUAAUGUGGCGAACCCGGUGAUGGGACGCCAGGGAGGUUUAACCAAUCAAACGAUAGGACCAAUGAGCUGUCGUUGUAAAAAGGAAUUUGAAUGGAUUUCAUGCUCAUCAAUCAAAUGUGAUUUAAACCUAAUCCACCAAUCAUCAUAUGGCAUUAUUGACAAGUAGCAUCGAGAUAUUAACCAACCGUACAACGAGGAUUAUCAGAAUCUAACCAAUCACGGACAAUAUAUUUUCAGUAACAACCAAUCGGAUUCUUUGGCAAAGACGAGGACUUAGAAAAAGAUAACUGAUUGAAAAAAAAACAUCAGGUAUUUUUGAAAACACAAGGACUUGAAGGCAAAUACAAUGUGACGUUUUUCCAGAUAUGAGCCAGAAUCCCUGGGAAUACAAGGUCCAUACGAGUACCAGUGCCAACGUAUUCCAGCGUUUUCUAAUGAACAAAUGACACUUUUUCUGUCUUUCUGCUCUACUCUUGCUGAGACUAGGGAAGCUAAGUUCUGGGAAUUCCCAGAGUUCCCAAAAUUCCAAGGUUUUUCAGAAAUCCUUAUGGCUUAUGGAUUUCCGACCUAUUCCGAGGAAUCUUUUAUAAUCCGGAUUCCUAAAAUAAACCUGGGGAUUUUGGGAAAGUUAGUGGUUAGUUAGUUACCUAGUCGAGACUGUACAGAUAUGUGGUUUAUGUGGUUUAGACUGGCAGUGUUCCAACACUGUCAUCCAUUCAUUAAGGCCAUUACUCUACCGUGCUGAACACCAGUUACUUCAUUCAUUAUGUAUAUCAGAAUCUUCCCUCUCUCCCACACACAAUAUAGUGAAACACACACACACACACACGCACUCUCACACACACACACACACACACACAGUGUAGUGAAACACACA